AUGCCUUUUCUCGAUGAGGACUCCUAUGUCAAUGCCCAGGCAACUUCGUACGACAUCUCCGAGCUCGAAGACUGUUCCAUUGCCGUCGAUGCGACCUACUACUUGAACCAGCUUCUUGACACCCCUCCUGCCCAUGAACCCCUUCUUUCGGCCCUUGGGGGCUUGACCGGCAUACAAACGCACAUCAGUCGGAAUCUAGACUUGUGGGAGAAGCACGGCAUCAUUCCCUUCUUUGUAUUUGAUGGACAAUCCAUUUCUGGGCAAGACGAAGUUGGUCUCAAGCGCCGGAGGGCAGCAAACAAGGAAACAGACGAGGCUUGGACCCUCUAUUCGCGCUCAGAGGCCGAACGCGCUGUCACCACCUUUGGAGCUAAUCCUGGUGCCUACAUUGUCCAGAACCUGUAUCCCCUCUUGCAGGGCAUCCUUAGGAAACGAGGGUUCCAUUUUCUCGUCCCUCCUUACAAUGCAUGUGCGCAGCUUGCGUACUUUGAGCUGAUCGACUCGGAUCAGUGUGCUGGCGUCAUGGGUCCCCAGGAGCUUCUACUAUACCCCAUCAGGGAUUCCGUCAUUCGGAGUCUGGAUUGGGAAACGAAGUCGGUCACAGCACUUUCCAAGAAGAAAGUCAUGCGAGCCCUCAGCGUUGGUGAGCCCAUGCUCAUCGAUGCUCUGCUUAUGACGGGGACGUCUUUUCUCCCCACGUUCCCUCCUCUCCUGGACAGCACCAUGUAUCCAGCUCACUUCACCAUUGGCGAUGCCGUCAACAUCCUCAGAACAUCGGACAAGGGCGUCGCCAACGCAUGCGCCUCUUUUAACGACAUCCUGCAGGCUCAAGAUGCCGGUUGGCUGGACAAGUAUAGAAAGGCUCGCAUGGCAGUCCAUCACUUCAUCUACAUUGCCGAAAACGGCGAGGUCACUGUCAAUGACUUUGACCACCUGACCAAAGAUAAUCACGAAUACCUCGGCCUCCAGUUGCCCGAAGAACUCUUCCACUACCUCAACACUGGGCUCAUUGGCGCACGAAACCUGAACAGUAUAACGCACGGUCAGAUACUCGUGCAACCUACACUGGACGGUGUCGUGUCGGAUGAGUACAAGAAGCUCGUCACCACGAAACUGGUCUCUGUCAAGGAACAGGCUCUGGGUCUGAUGAUCCCUCGAGUUCACAGAGGCAUUGGACACAAGGACAUUACGAUGCGAGUCUGGUUCGACCCCAAGUUUUCCUACACCAUCAAUCACCGCGCCCUGCAACCCCCUCCUUCCCAGCUAGUUGGCACCUGGGACGUGAAGGAGAGCGACUUGCGGAGCGUUUUCCCCGCCGACUUUGCGGGCCCCAUUUACUUGGAAGUGCUGGCCCUGGCCAAAUCGGAUUUCGUGGAGAAGACGGUUGCCAAGGAGAACAAGAUACGGGGUAUUGACAGCACGGAAAUGGUGACGUCUGUUGCCAUCUGGCGAUUCCUUCACCUACGAGGCUAUGUCAACGACUCGCAUACUCUGACCAAGUGGGGAAAUGCUCUGGCAACCACGUUGCUGGCCCUCAAGGACGCGACCGAGGACCGCCCUGGCGUUCCGGGGCUCGACGAGGCUGCGCUGCUUGCGUUUGAGCUGAUUCGACUUGGCGUUCUUGGUGCCAAGCAUCAGCUGGGCAUCGCUGGCUUGCCGCGCAAGGGUAGUGAAGAAGAAAAGGCGAGCUUGGUGCUGAUUAGCCAAUGCGGAACCCUCCUGAAGUUGCGACAUCAGGUGUAUGGCUACACCGGGCCUCUUAACAAGAGCCUGUUGGCAUUCCGCUCCCUGUCCACGGCGGUACGCGAGGCGGACCGCGACCUGAUUGAGGCAAUUGUUGCUUCCAUGUUCAUGUACGGACAGUGCAAAAGAGAGAGGGAUGAUUAUCUGGACAUUAGCCAAAAACUACCAUUUUUGCAAGAGCCUGAUAUUGGUUUAGGCAUCGCGCUUCGGACAUUUUUCGACGAAGACGAAGCCGCCGACAGCAAGGAGAGACGAGCCAAGAGACUGGAAGCGUUUCCCGAGACGUUUGUGCCUUUUGCCGAAGCGCUGACGGACGACUUUCGCAUCUGCGUGGAUUUUGUCAGCGCCCUCAACCAGGGGGUACAGACGCUUGCUGCUACUGACGAGCUGCCAAGGGCUGACAAGUCUGCGUGGGCCAAGGCUCAAGCAUACCUAGACGCGAGGCCAUUUUGA